AUGCUCUCCUCUCCGGCCAAACGGCGCAAGACGAGCGAGACAACAGCCGCCGCAAUCGACGCGUUGCAGAUGAACCAGAAAGCCCACGAAAAUAAUGGUCGAUUUCACCAGCGCCGCCCGUCAUUUCAGUCGCCAACAAAAGCAAGUCUAGCGAGAUCGCAUCCAGAAGUUCUAGCACGCGCGCUCAGUCGCUCGCCCACGAGAUCCGCGCGUAACGACAGCGGCAGCAACAAUGGUCAACAGCAGGAGCAAGAACAGGUGGAUUCGAGAACAUUUGGAUUGCGCGAUAGAAAGGCACUUCGGCCGUCAAUAGCUCCUGGUGCGAGUCCAAUGGAUGGUCCGACAUUAUCGCCGCGCAGUGCGUUUGCUGUUCCCCCGCGACGGGUAUCAAGGAAAAUCGGGCCGUUAGAUUUAGCGUUCGGGACUCCUGAGGCGAAACCGAAGAACGAGACCGCUGACCCCCUGCCUGACGAUACACCUGAGGAUCAAUUGGCGGAGUUGGGCAACGAUGUGAAUGAAGACAAUAUGGAUCAAGGUCCCUCAUUUCUGGAUGGACUAGAGGAACCAGAACUACCGCCAACGCCUACUCAAUUAGGGCUGGAGAAGCCACCCGGUCGACCGAAGGGGCUUUUGAGCAGCAGCCCUUCUGCUCGGUAUGAAAGGAGGACACGGCAACGGAUCGAUGAUACCCCGAAACCAAGCGUACUGAAGCUGGAAAAUUUUGAUGCAACUGGCAAUCCAACUAACAAGGCUUUGAAUGCGUAUAGAGCGCUUUUGUCAGAUGCCGAGUUGAAAAGGCAACAGACUAAGAAAGAGCUUUCCGCUGAAUUAAAACGAUUGAAAGACGACGUCGCGGAAUUGGAAGCAUGGACCGAGAAGCUGAACAACCCAAAUAUGAAAACAGAGUUUCGUAAGGAUUUGAACAAACUCAUCUCCUUGUUAUCAUCGGAAAAUGCUUCUCACAAGCAAUCAUCACCUCCAACAAACGCCUCGAUCUCAUCCAUCCUCUCUGCCCUACUACCCUUCUCUUCAAAAGCUCCUCCCAAGCCCGUACACGAACCGCCAUCUCCAACCAACCCCUUCGCCAUGAAGGAACACGCGCAAGCGAAACAAUACCUGACAGUUUUCGCGCCACUGUCCUUAACGACACAUUCCAACAAAGUAUCCGCCUCGGAAUCAGCACCCCUAACCGAAUCGCAUAGCCUGACAUUAUCAACCGGGCCACCAUUUCCGCAAAACCUCUACAACAUAACCCUCAACUACGAAACGAAUCCAGAAACACAAUCCCUACUAUCCAUAUCUAUACCCAAGAACGACGGGUCUAGCAACGUACCAGAAGGACUACGACGCUGGAUCGACACUAGGCUCUCAAAUCCGCUCUUGAAACUCGACGUAUCCGGCCUUUGCUGGGGCAUCAAUCGAUACUGGGAAGCAUCCAUUUCGCGUGCACAAAUCUGGUCAAGAAUCGAAGCCCGACACUCCAAAUUACUUGCACUUCGUAAACACCGGGAACCAAACCGCAAGGAAGACACAUCUGACCUCCGCCAUGUACUCCCUCAUCUAGACCGCACGAGCAUGACAUUCUGUCUGAAAGAUACAUCCAAGCCCCUUCGUGUACUCAUCUCGUGCGCAUUAACCCUUGACGAAUGGACAAGUGAGCCUCGGCUAUUCCCUGAGGUCAGCAUCGCGUCUCCGUCUGCGUCGGGCAAGAAGAUUGAACAGGAGACUAAGAAGCUGUUCAAUACUCUCUUGAGGGAUGAGCAGGGGGCGGAUAGUGAUAGCGUUGGAGAUAUUGAGCCGGGCGCUAUUGUGCGAGCUGUUGAUGCUGUUGUAGGAGUGUUGUUUGGUCUUGAUGAUACCCAUGAUAAAGGAUCGAAAGGGAAGUUGCCUGUGAGGUGA